AUGCCGCGUCGAGCCCGCCAACCCUUCAGCACCGCUCGCUUUCUGUGCGACAUCUCCACCCUUUACUUUCCAACGCUGCUGCUCUCGGCCGGCCCACCGCCAACAACCAACAUCAAACUUCUCCAGAGCUGGAGCCUAUCGACGACCCUCUGCCAUUCCCACCUCCCCUCACCGCCGCCCGAGGCACCUCCAGCCUCAGUGGCUGAACCAAUCGCGCACGAGCGUGUGCGAAUCGAGCACCAUCCUGUGCUUGAUGGGACACCCUGCGAUGCCGAUGGAUACGACCUCCCUCCUGGCGCUGCACCCCCACCAUUGGAUGAACGCGCCGAGGACGAUUGGGGCUCGUUCGACACCCGCGCUCAAUUCGAGUUUGCGGAGUUCAUCUUCAAGCGACAAGAGAUGUCGAGGGAUUCCAUUGAUCAACUGGCGCAGUUUAUGGCAGCACUAUACAAGGACGACCCGUAUUUCAACAACCAUCGCCAUCUCUAUGCGAUGAUCGAUGAGAUACAGCAGGGCGACAUUCCCUGGCAGUCAUUCUCUGUCCAGUACACCGGCCCGCGUCCUAAGACAGGCGAAACACCCUCGUGGAUGACACAAACCUACGAGGUCUGGUUCCGGUCGCCGCUCGCUAUCUUUGAGCGACAACUAGCCAAUCCGGAGUUCAGGGAUGAGCUCGACUGGGCUCCCAAACGCGUUUUCAAGAACGACAAGCGACAGUUUACUGAUUUAAUGUCCGGUAACUGGGCAUGGAGGCAAGCAGAUAUCAUCGCCAAAGAUGAGAAGACACAUGGAGCGAUGUUCGUUCCCAUUGUUACUGGCAGCGACAAAACCACGGCUUCAAUUGGAACUGGGAAUGUCGACUUCUGGCCGAUGUAUGGAGGUGUUGGCAACGAGCAUAAUAGCGCUCGACGUAGUCAUCGCGAUGGUAUCGCUUUGCUUGCAUUCCUCGCCAUUCCAAAGACAACACAACAAUAUGCCAACAGCAAUGAGUUUCGCAAAUUUCGACGACAGCUAUUCCACUCGUCCAUCCGCCGAGUCUUUGAGUCUGUCCGGCCUCAUAUGACAACCCCGCGUGUUACUCGCUGUGCGGAUCGACACUUUCGGCGAGCCAUCUAUGGCUUUGGCCCUGAUAUUGCGGAUUACCCCGAGCAGGUUCUUCUUACAGGUAUUGUCCAGGGCUAUUGUCCUAUUUGUCUCUCUCCAGCAGACCACCUUGACCAUGACAGCCCGCUGCGGUCUUGCGAGCAUACUGCAGCUCUGCUGGAGACGUUGACGCUGAAGGAGAUGUGGGACAACUAUGGGGUUGUGGGGGAUAUAAUUCCGUUUACAGCGGACUUUCCUUGUGCCGAUAUUCACGAACUCAUUUCGGUCGAUCUUUUACAUCAAAUUAUUAAGGGGACAUUCAAGGACCAUAUCGUCGACUGGAUUGAAUUGUAUAUCAAGCAAGUGAAUGAGCCUGCACAAGCUGAGCGUAUUCUGGCAGACAUUGAUCGACGUAUUGCUGUGGCUCCACCGUUUCCAGGGCUGCGACGUUUUCCUGUCGGGCGAGGCUUCAAACAGUGGACGGGAAAUGAUUCAAAGGGUUUAAUGAAGGUCUAUCUUCCAGCAAUCAUUGGCCAUGUUCCAAGUGAAAUGGUUCAGGCGGUUGCAGCGCUAAUUGAAUUCUGCUACCUGGUUCGCCGCUCGGUAAUUGAUGAAGAUACCCUUCAGAUAAUUGACGAGACGAUCCGGCGCUAUCAUCACUACUGUGAGGCCUUCCGAGUUGUACGUCCGCAAGGAUUUUCGCUCCCUCGGCAGCAUGCACUGAAGCAUUAUAUUGCUCGCAUCAUGGACUUUGGUGUUCCAAAUGGACUUUGCAGCUCGAUCACGGAGUCGAAGCAUAUCCGGGCCGUAAAGCGACCAUACCGCCGCUCUAAUCGAAAUAAACCCCUUGGUCAAAUGCUCCUCUCGAACCAACGACUCGACAAACUUGCUGCUGCACGGGCUGACUUCACUGCCCGUGGCAUGCUAUCUGGGUCGCUAUUUGCAUCACCGCUGGUGCCUGUAGAGGAGGAACCUCAACCAGUAGAGACCACUAUUGAUGAUGAUGUGGAAGAAGGGGAUGUUCCGGGCCCUACCUGCCUAGGGGAGGUAACUCUUGCAAAGAGCUGUGGUACUGUCUUCCUCCUAUCUUUUACUACCGUGUUUGAUAAAGCCUUUCCAGUUCGAAAGGUGCCCCGCGACAUACACCAGUUGGCACGUUAUGUACACCAGCCACGUCUUCACGAACUUAUUCGACGCUUUCUCUUUGAGCAGCUCAAUCCUGAGCAAGCCGCAACUGAGGACAUUAUCCCUCUUGACGACUGUCCAGACUUCGCAGAACGUGUCUAUAUCUACACCUCCGCCCGGGCAGUGUUCUAUGCUCCUAGCGACAUCUGCGGGAUUGGUGGGAUGCGUCAUGAAUGA